AGUGAUUUUCGUCUUUUUUAAAUAAUAUAUAUACCACAGCCCCGUCCACUUAGUGGACUUGUUUCCGUGUGGGCAACAGAGAUGCAUUUAAAAGGCGAAUGUUUUUUCCUAAGCUGACCCGUGUAGAAAAGUUUUUCCUCGAAGUUUUUUGGGAACUCCACUGAGCACAGCGCGCAGAUCUGACAGCGCGCCGAUUUCCCUCUGCAAAUGUCUCGAGCUCGUCCGCACGGACAACACCAACAUUCUUAUUGAUCGCUCUCUUAUUUUAUGACUAUAGCCACCCCCACUCGGUUCUAAAGAGGAGACGUGUUUUUUUUUUUUUUUUUUUUUUUUUCUUGCGUGUGCCAAAUACUCAAGCGGGCAGCACGUGCAAAUCGCGACACCUCCAGGAUCACGAGGCCCACUUUUUAGAUUCUGUUUUGCAUCCCUAACGUCUUACCUGCCGUGGUUUACUCAUUACCGUUAUUCUCAGACCUUGCUCAGACUACAGUGGAUCCCCCGUCACCCAUCGUCUCGUAAUUCUGCAGCAGGACGUCCGGUGCGCGACACGGAGCGCGCGCGCUGCAGGAGCACAGAUCUACAGGAACUUCCCCGUUUGGCUCUGAGUCAUUGCAAUGAGCGCGCGCGGUGAGGAAGCCGCCGAAGCCUCGGGAUCCCGCGAGCAGCCCGCUCCGGCCGCCGAGCCUCCGAAGAGAGGACCGGGCAGACCCAGGAAGCCGCAGCAAGAACCCACGGGUGAACCUGUCCCUAAACGUCCAAGAGGACGUCCCAAGGGAAGCAAGAACAAGGGUCCUUCCAAAGCGGCACAGAAGAAAGCUGAGACCACAGGGGAGAAGAGACCCAGAGGAAGACCAAGGAAAUGGCCACAGCAAGUGGUCCAAGAAAAGCCUGCUCAGGAAGAGGAGGAGGCCGAGGGCUCGCCCGAGGAGGACUAAACAACCACAUCAUUUUACCUCUACCUCAUCCAGCUGUCAGCUCUCUUCAAGGGAAAAGACUGCCUUGACCACUUAUCGUUGAGUUUCCACUUUUGUUUAUCAAGUUUGUUAAUCGUUUUCAUUUGUUGCUUUUCUUAGGUUAAUUUUUGUUUGUUCUUGUUUGUUUAUUUUGUUUUGUUUUUGUGAUCAGCACACAAAACCUCAUAGCACGAACGCGGGGCAAAAACACAGCAACAAAAAAACACAACCAUUGUGCAGAUGAUAAUUCUGCUCACCUCCGCAUUCCAAACUGCUGUAGCACAGAGGUGCAGGGGUUAGCCACAUGGGAUGUGCUGCGGUUGCUCUUGCCACAUACACACACACGCACACACACACUGAUAUUUCAGGCAUUUAGCAAAAGAGAAAGAAAACCUAUCUGGUUUUGUCAUUUGAAAAGUUUGUGGUAGAGCCUAGACACAGUUACUCCAUCACAAGUGCACACACAUGCAGAAAGCCCCUUACUUCUGUGUCACACCACCAAAGACAGAGGAGAAAUGAACCAUUCUGUUACCAAUCUGAUGAUAUCUACGAUACAGCAUUUUAUAUCAACCUCCUGUGAUAAAAAGUGUUCAACAGAAAAUGAUUCACUCGUAUAAAAAAGAGUUGGCCUGCAGUUCUGAGCAGUCAGACUGAAAAUAAAAUGGCCUGUUGGGCAUUAAUCGAAGAAAGUUACAUGCAUUACAUGAGUUAUAUAGUUUUGUGAUGCUACAAAAAGAGUCUGAAGAACAUUGAGCUGAACAUACUUAAAGGCCAUGUCAUAGCAUAAAAUGAUUUGUCAGCUAUGUUGUACAAAAAGCCCCAAUUCAAUGAUGUAGACAAGACUUUGCAUUACGUAUUCAAAUACUAGAACUCCCUUAUUAUCACUGGGUCUUAACAUGUACAUGAGUACGGGACUUGGAAUGCCUCGGGACCUUUUAUAAAUCGUUUUUAGAGGCUUUCCAGGGUAAUAAAACUGGUAUCAAAAAGUCAUUAAGGAAUGCAAAUAAUAUGAGGGUUAUAACCUUUAAAAGAUGAUCUUGUAGAAAUGUGUUCAUAUAAAGAACUCUCAAUUGAAAAUCUUCACCAAAAACAUAACUAAGCUUUACUAUAUUUGCCUUAAAAUAAGCCCAGAGUUUGUUCAAUUUUAAUUAGCGUGGUGUCAUAAUUACAUGAACGUGGGAUUACUGCAGGCUUCUUUAGUGUCAGGGGAUAAAAAGACAGAGUUGGUUUGGUGUUUAUUUUCUAGUCUGUCUUUGGUGGUGAGCUUAAAAACUAGACAAAACGUACUCUUGCAAAUUGUAAAUGAGACACAAGUCUCCAACAGUACUACAGAACAAUCAUGCAGCAAUCUACUGUACAUACACAAUCCUGGCAUCUUCUUAACCAUUUUACAUGUAUAGCUUCGUUAUUGUGUUUCUUUCUGUUUUUUCUCUUUUGUAAAACAUAGCUUUAAAGAAGACAUAAUAUUCAAUACUUUCACAUAAAGGGAAGUAUGUCAUCCCAUUCUGACUCAAAAACUGAACCUCAAGAAACAUAAUCCACAGGAAAGAAACCACACUAUACCUCAAGACACACAAGAUACAUGAAGCACAGUGACCAUGGAAGGGUUCAGGGCUUCGAUCCUGUCGGCACUGUUGCCCAUGAAAUAUCUCCUCACCAUUUCAAAGCUACCUCCGAUUUCUUCACCCAGCGAAUCAGCUUGUGAGACACACGCUGCUAUAAACUACUCAUUACUCAGCAGGUGAUGGCAGUGAGUGCCAAUGUCAAAAAAACCUUCUCUGAAUGCCUGUAAUAAUAAUGUAUGAUGGCACAGAGAAGCUCUGCAAAUGAUUUGUCAGGCAGGUGAUGACUGAAAUCCGAGGUGUGAUUGGAUUCCAAGAUGAACUCCUCAAGCAGCUAAGGGAAUACGUACUGUUUUUUUAAAAAAAAAAAAUUGUUUUCUUAUUUUUAACACUUUCAUUUACCUGUUAUAUGUAAUAAGAUUCUUUUCUUUCUCUGCGACUGGGGCAUCUGUUUUACAUCAGUUAACUUGAAUAUGUUUUGUACUGAUUUACUCAAUUGUUUCUAUGGAUCAAAUGCUUGUAUGACUCUAAAUGAUAUUAUUGCAAAUGGAUUUUCUCUGCUCCUCUUAUUUUUUCCUUUCUUCUCUUUUCUUUGCGUUUUAGCGUAGAUUUCUUCUGAUAUACAUACUAUUCAGAUAUGUACCUCAAAAAAGCGAAAAAAAAGACUAAUAAUCAAUUGACAAUACCUACCUCCGGUCUUGAUAAAAUAAAUGAUUUUGCCUGGUCUAUUUCAGCACAAUUUCAAACGAUGUAUGCUGAAAAAAAAGGACUGCACAAAAUCCAUGCUUUACAAACAUUCAAUUUAAAUCAAUUUUAAUUUGCCUGGGGGAGAAGACAGAGUACAAAAAACUUGAUAUUUUUUCAGGUUAAAAAAUAUAUAUAUGUUUUGGUUUUGUAUAUUGCAUACAUGACUAUGUUUUUGAAAGAUUAGUAGAUAUCGAGAUAUACUUGAUUAGCAAGUUUUGUGUCUUUUACACAAAUGUGAUUUUCUGUUCUUAUGUGGUUCAAGCAGGUUUAUAUGUAAUACUUCAUUUGUAGUGAAAUGUUACACCUUUUUCAGCCUAUCAUCAUGAAAACCUUUGAACCGUUAACUGGUAUUCUCAACUGGGUCUGAGGUAGAGCCUCGUGGAAAGCUAGUGGAGCAGCGGACAUGCCUCUUGAAUUGACACAUUUAUAACUGCAUGGAGUGGCUACCUUUAGCAUGGCAGCUGCAAACCAACAUUAGAUCUUGCUCAAACACUGUAACGCUACCUAACUUUCUACAAAUUCAGCAGAGCAAAAAUCUGUCUGAAAGAGUAGCUUACCUGUGUAGGCAUUGAAAUAUGGUCUUUUGGCAGCUUGAAACUAAGGCUACAUUCACAUUUGACACAUUAUGAAGAAACUAAAUGGCAGAGACAUAAAUUACCUUCUUUUUGCAUCAAGCAUCCAAAAUGAAAUGCAGCUCUGCAGGGAGCUGUACAUUCAUCAGAAAGUUCAGCUCACUGUAAACACCUUCAGUUUACUGUCAAUGCAACAGUCGUAUGUGAUUUAUGUGAAUGCAGCUUAAUUCCGAGUACUCACCGAGUUGGUAGAUGUUGCCGUUUAUCACUUCAAAAAUUGACUAUUUUGGGAGAAUUAAAAGAACAAGUUAAAUGAGCUAAAAAUUUAGGUGGGUGAAGCAGGUUCCUGCUUAGUGGUGAAAUGCAACUCCUACUUACAGUGACAUGCAUUGCUCUGUCAGACCUAAAGCAGAACACAUACUUCCUGCAAAAGUGAUGUGCACUUAGCUCAGAUGAGCAAAAUAACAUACUAUAGCCGGUCACAGUACUGACAGUGAGUGAUCAAAAAAAGAACAUAAGGAAUUGUAAACUAGCCUGAAACAACAUCAUGCUCACGAAUGUCUGUUCAUUAGAAAUGUAUUUCUUUUGUGGUGCUCUGGAUUACGUAGAGAUUCUACAAAUGGAGUUAUUUUCCUGUCAAAAGGAAUCGAAUGUAAAAGCUUCAUCCUCGCAUGAUAAAUUUACUAAAUACAUGAUGAUAGUGCAUUGUAGGCUCAUUGGCAUUUCCAAAUUGUCCAUAGAGUGUGAGUGUGUGUGUGAUUGUGCCCUUCGAUGGAUUGGCACCCCAUCCAGAGUGUCCCCCACCUUGUGCCUUGGAUAGGCUCCAGGUUCCCCCAAGACCCCGUGUAGGAUAAGCGGUACAGAAAAUGGAUGAUUAAAAUGCAAGGGUUUUGACUGAAACAUCUCACUACUGUAACAUGUUUAAGGGGGUGGGGCCAAGUGGAUAACUCCAGAGAGCUGAGGUGUGGAUCUGAAACACAACGUCUUACAAAUUGCUACAAAAAUUAAAACUAUGCACAGUCAAACCCAAAGAUAGAUGUAAAGGAUGAAUUGGAUGUGUGAUUUAAAAUGAUUUAAAAUGAACCAUAAGACGUAGUAGAGAUUUUGCUGACGCAUUCACAUACUGGAAGUAAACUCCAUUUCUGCAGAGAGAAAUGAUUUUGAAUCUGCACUGAAAUGUAGAUUCUGUUUUAUCUGCAUUUGCAGAAAUACCGAAGGUCCCUAAAACAUCUUUUCAUUUGGAGACGCCAUAUAAUGUAUAGGGCGUUCCGUUGUUUAGGCAGUUUAUAAGUUUAUUAAGCUUGUUUAAUUUUUGUUUACCCCUAACAAACAUCUGUUUGCAAGAAGUAUGUUCACUCCUUUAGGGAAAUUGUGAACAAAAAGUACUGUUCCCUGUGAUGCACAUGUCUGACAAUGUGCAUUGCUGAGAAGAUGUCACGAUGUUCUUGAGUCCUUCCUUGACUUGAUCUGUUGGUUUGAAUGUGUAUCCACAGGAGCCACUGUUAAUGUGCUUUCCGCUGUGGGUGUCAUAAUGAAGUCGACUUUGCUAAUGUGUUCUAGUACAAUCGAAUACACACUACUACCUCCAAGAGGGUCUCUUUUUUUUACCUCAUUACUCAAACUGCUUAAAUUCAGUUAAAUUCAGGUGGCUGACUCCAGGGAGAACAUGUUAUAUAUAAUUAUAUAUAUAUUUUUUGUUCAUAUAUCUAUUUUUAUGGGUGAUACAUUUUAUAAGUCUGUUCAUCUCUGCCUUUCAGUCACAGUUGGACUGGACAGUUACCUUGUUCUAAAGCCUUUUUCUUCUCAUUAUGCAAUGUUAUGUAGUUUCAUUAGCUGUGGGGAGAGAAGGUCACCUGUUCUUGGCCUCCUCCACCUAAUAUAUAACUUCAAAUGUUUUCUAACAUUUAUGGCUUUCUCUGUUUCACCUAGUAUUGUUGUCUAUAAUUCCACUUCAAAUUGCUUGCCUGUUAAAAAAUUGAAUAAAAAAGUUCUCUUUAUAGAUAUUCACUGCCUUAUUCAGCACAAUAAAAUGGGUGCUUGUGA